AGUUUAAGGGGUUAUGUUUAUUUUUCGUUUUGUUGUUUUAUUCUUUCGUUUACCCAAUCUCCCACUCCAACCAAGCAGAUAAGCAAGCUCCCGGAGAUCACUUCUUAACCGGUCAACCCCCAAAAUCCACCGCCCCCACCCUCACCAUGCCGGUCUUCAAAACCCCAUUCAACGGCUACUCCGUGAAGUUCAGCCCCUUCUACGAGUCCCGCCUGGCCGUGGCCACCGCCCAGAACUUCGGCAUCCUCGGCAACGGCCGCAUCCACGUCCUGGACCUUCCCCCUUCCCCCUCCCCACAAGUCUCCGAGCUGGCCUCCUUCGACACUGCCGACGGCGUCUACGACCUCGCCUGGUCCGAGAACCACGACUCCCUCCUCGUGGCCGCCAUCGCUGACGGCUCCGUCAAAGUCUACGACCUAUCACUCCCCCCUUCCUCCAACCCCAUCCGCUCCCUCCACGAGCACUCCCGCGAGGUCCACUCCGCCGACUACAACCCUGUCCGCCGCGACUCCUUCCUCUCCGCCUCCUGGGACGACUCCGUCAAGCUCUGGACCCUCGACCGCCCCUCCUCCGUCCGUACCUUCAAGGAGCACGCCUACUGCGUCUACUCCGCCGUCUGGAACCCCCGCCACGCCGACGUCUUCGCCUCCGCCUCCGGCGACUGCACUCUCCGCGUCUGGGACGUGCGCGAGCCCGGCUCCACCAUGAUCAUCCCCGCCCACGACUUCGAGAUCCUCGCCUGCGACUGGAACAAGUACGACGAUUGCUGCAUCGCGACGGCCUCCGUGGACAAGACCAUCAAGGUCUGGGACGUCAGGAGCUACAGGGUCCCCAUCUCCGUGCUCAGUGGCCACGGCUACGCGGUCAGGAAGGUCAGGUUCUCGCCGCACCGACAGGGCCUCAUGGUUUCGUGCUCCUACGACAUGACGGUGUGCUUGUGGGACUAUAUGCUGGAGGACGCGCUCGUGGGUCGGUACGAUCACCACACGGAGUUCGCGGUCGGGGUCGAUAUGAGCGUGCUUGUGGAGGGGUUGCUCGCGAGCACCGGCUGGGACGAGCUCGUCUAUGUUUGGCAGCACGGAACCGACCCCAGAGGGUUCUGAUUGAGAGGGAAGUCGAUCUUUUUUUUUUCUUUUUCUUUUUUUUUUUAAUUAUGAAUUUUGUUAAAGUUCUUGAUUUUAGAUGAAAGCAAAGCGGUUUAGGUAGUGAAAAGUACAUGUGAUGUUUGUUGGGGGAUUAGUUCUGGGUAUUUUCUUUCUGUAAGGACUGUGAGAUUGAUUUUGCUGGGGAUGUUGAUGAAUAACUUCCUGAGUUAGCAAACCCCUGUAUAUUAGAUUUUAAUAAAACAACAGGUUCAAGUUGUUUGGUGCUUUUAUGAAUUC